CGCAUACUCGCACGCACACUCACAAUGCCGUGCUCGUGAGUUAGGCCGGCGAGCUUCUGUCUCUACCGCCUCUUCGGUGGCGUUACCUCCCGUUGCUACGCUGCAGUGCUUCGCUCUUCACCUCUCUGUUGUUCCUCUCUUUUUUGGGGGGGCUUUUUGCACAGCCCCUGGCUUCGCCUCACCCACCUUUCUCGCACACUUCCACUCGCGGAUGCCUCAGCCUCAGCCUCGCCCGGCGGCAAUCAUCCAGCAGCAAAUGGUCGCUCCAUCCUCUAAAACUCCUACUGGACUCCGUUAACAGACCGCUCUGAUCCGAGCACAUUGCGGAUUGACUUUGAAAGAGGCGGCAGCGGCGGAAAGGAGUGGGGAUAGCGGUCGCGGAAAUAGCCCAGGAUCUAUUUCGGAGCGAUGCCGGUGCCGGAGCAGCCCGCGGAGCAGGAGAAGGGGGCCAUGGUCGCCCCGGUGAUGCCGACCUCCAACGGGGACGGGUCAGAGACGGAGACCACCUCCUCCAUCCUCGCAUCCGUCAAGGAGCAGGAGCUGCAGUUUGAGCGUCUGACCAGAGAGCUGGAGGCGGAGCGGCAGAUCGUGGCUACCCAGCUGGAGCGCUGCAAGCUGGGCUCCGACGCUGGCAGCAUGAGCAGCAUCAGUUCAGCCGAUGAGCAGUUUCGCUGGAACACACAAGGUAAAGCAGAUGGACAGAAGGACAUAGAGGACGAGUUGACCACCGGCUUGGAGCUGGUGGACUCCUGCAUCCGAUCCCUUCAGGAAUCGGGAAUACUCGACAACGAAAAACGACCAGCUCUGCUUUCCCAGAGUUCCUUGCAGCUCAACUCCACCCCGGAGGCUUCGCUUCAGUACUCUGCCAGCUACCAUAGCAACCAGACCCUCGCCCUUAGUGACGGCAUCUCCGCGGCAAUCCCUCCACGCAGCGGGCAGUACGGGGGCGCCGUUCACAGCUACAACCAGGUGACAUCCAAUCGCGUGGCUCAGCAGCAGCAGCAACAUCAAAGCGGGGCGGGGCCAGGAAUCUACUACUCCAGCUCCACCUUACCCAGCCAGCGUGUGAGCUCCCCACUGUCGGCAGGGGGCGGCGGCGGCGGCGGGGGCGGAGGAGGGGGGCCGGGGUCCCCCAGCAAGCUGCAGAGGCUGGGCUCUUCCUCGGACGCUCCGGGCUACGCCACCACCCAGCGCCUGCCUUCCUCCUCCUCCUCUUCCUCUCCCAGCAAACAGUCCCCCAUCGGCCGCCUGGCCAAGUCCUACAGCACCAACAUCGCCGUGACGACAGCGGGAGGGGGCGUGUCCCCUCAUAGAGUGGCUUCUCCACCCAGCUCCGCUGGAGGGGGAGGGGCUAGUGCAUCAUCAUCCCCCCUCCACCAGAUGAGUUCAGGCAUAGGGAGUUAUGCCACACUGUCUCCCAAACGCCUGGCCGCCCACCACGCCUCCGACCAGUACAAGAUCUCCCACGAGCUCUACGCCACCGCCACACUGCAGCGCCCCGGGAGCCUGGCAGGGUCCCGGGGCUCCUACAGCAGCCAGCACAGCCAGGAGCCCCUCCGGCCCCUGGGCUCCCCGGAGCACCACAUAGACCCCAUCUAUGAGGAGCGCGUCUACCACAACAAGGGCCCGAUGAGAAGCCUGAGCCAGAGCCAGGGGCCCGACGGGGGCCCCUACCGCAACAACACCGCUCCCUCCUCUCCCGGUGUUGACUCCGCCCCCUUGCAGCGCACAGGAAGUCACGGCGCCGCCACCACGGGCAACUACGGCCGCGGGGGCGGGGCCAACACCUACGCCACCGUGGGGCCGGGCUACACCUCCGGCGUGGGCGUGGGCAGCGUCGGGGACAUGUAUGGAUCGGACCCCUAUGUGGCGGACCCCUACCGGACCCUUCAAUACUGCCCCUCGGUGGUGGAGUCCCCCUACAGCAAGUCUGGCCCCGCACUGCCCCCCGAAAGCGGCAUGCAACGCUCGCCCUCCAUCGACUCCAUCCAGAAGGACCCCCGGGAGUUCGGCUGGAGAGAUCCAGAGCUGCCCGAGGUGAUCCAGAUGUUGCAGCACCAGUUCCCGUCGGUGCAGUCCAACGCCGCUGCCUACUUACAGCAUCUGUGCUUCGGAGACAACAAGAUCAAAGCAGAGAAACGUGAGUUCGGCUGGCGAGGAGGCGAGGAGGAGGAUGAGGGAGUGCGAGGGACUGACGGACGCCCUGCUCUUCGUCAUCCAGACCGCCCUGGGCAGCAACGAGAUCGACAGCAAGACCAUCGAGAACUGUGUGUGCAUCCUGAGGAACCUGUCGUACCGCCUGGCCGCCGAGACAUCCCACGGCCAGCAGGGGGGGCUGGAGGAGCUGGAUGGCCUGCUGUGUGACGCCAACGGCCGCGACGGAGAGAGCUCAGGCUGCUGGGGCAAGAAGAAGAAGAAAAAGAGGGGCGCCGACCAGUGGGACGGCGUGGGACCCUUCCCCGACGCCACCGAUCCCCCCAAGGGCGUGCAGAUGCUGUGGCACCCGACCAUCGUCAAGCCCUACCUCACCCUGCUGUCGGAGUGCUCCAACCCGGACACGCUGGAGGGGGCGGCAGGGGCGCUGCAGAACCUGGCCGCCGGCAGCUGGAAGUGGUCGGUGUACAUCCGCGCGGCGGUGCGUAAGGAGAAGGGCCUUCCCAUCCUGGUGGAGCUGCUGAGGAUCGACAACGACCGGGUGGUGUGCGCCGUGGCCACCGCCCUGCGUAACAUGGCCCUGGACGUCCGAAACAAGGAGCUCAUCGGUAAAUACGCCAUGCGGGAUCUGAUCCACCGCCUGCCCGGCAGCAUCAACAACGGCAGCGGCACCACCACCAGCGGGGGCACGUCGGGGGUCUCCGGGGCGUCCAGCAAGAUCAUGUCUGACGACACGGUGACGGCGGUGUGCUGUGCGCUGCACGAGGUCAUCACCAAGAACAUGGAGAACGCCAAGGCCCUGAGGGACGCCGGCGGCAUCGAGAAGCUCAUCGGCAUCGCCCGCAGCAAGGGGGACAAACAUUCUCCCAAGGUGGUGAAGGCCGCUUCCCAGGUGCUGAGCAGCAUGUGGCAGUACCGAGACCUACGCUCCCUCUACAAGAAGGACGGCUUCUCCCAGUAUCACUUCGUGGGCUCUGCCUCCACGAUAGAGAGAGAUCGACAGAGACCCUACUCGUCUUCAAGGACCCCCUCCGUCUCUCCGGUCAGGAACUCCCCCAACAACCGCUCCGCGAGCGCCCCAGCCUCCCCGCGAGAGAUGAUGAGUUUGAAGGAACGCAAGAUGGAUUACGGACUCCACGGCAACCAACGCUGGUUUCCAUAGCAACAAAGGAGAACACACAUCCCGCAAAGACGCCAUGGCAGUGUCUUGUGGCGCCUCUACAUUAUUCCGCAACUCUUACUUGACUGCCAGCGAUGAAAUCAAACAAAAUCAGCCGCAGCCCCCGCUGCCGCAGGCCGGCCCCCACCACCAGCUGCACCACGGCCUGGGCCGCAGCCUGGACGACGGCGGCGGCUGCUACUACGAGGAG